AAAAAAAACACAACGUAGGAACUCGCUCCUAGAUAGGCGUUGGUCGCCGGGACAGAAUGUGGACACAGACUCGGGCGCUGCAAUUCCAAGACGUUGCAAAAUUGUUGCUGACUCUAGUAAAUAUUACAUCUUGCAAUGGCAUACAGUUCCCAAAGUAGAGGAUCUUAUGGCCAAAGAGGUGGAUAUCGUGGCCAAAGAGGUGGAUAUCGUGGCCAUAGAGGCGGAUAUCAGCGGUAUGACAUCAAAGAGUCCAAUGAUGUGUUUCCAGUGAAAAGGGCAUAUGAAUAUAGUGGCGCAGCUCCCCAUUUGGGAACACCCUCUGUUAUUGGAAAUUAUUCUAUUGAUGGGAACAGAGAGUUUGGUUAUGACAGAUCUAUGUUGCAGUUUCUUAAGAAAAAAUACUUGCCUGAAACAAAAAUUAAUGUACAUCUUGAUCUGAAUAAGGGUCUUAAAGAAGCAGUUGAGUACAAAGGAAAUCCCCAAGAAACUUUUGAAAAUUUCUUGCAGUGGGUUUUCAAUAAUCAAGAUGAUUUGAUGGACGACAAGACUUCAUCCAGGCUCUCCGCUGAUAUAUUAUGCAUGCGAGGAACAUUAAAAAGAAUUAUGAAAACUCCAUAUAAUCCACAUAAGCAGUGGACUCUUCUUGUAACAGAAUUUAAAGGAUCACUGUACAUGAUGAACUGGAAAACUGAUGAUGGGACCAAAGAUGACUAUGAGGUGCCAAGGAAUGUUGGAUUCUGGGGCCACAAAUUCGAACAGUAUAUGAAAGGAGAUCCAGAAGACCCUCUAGAUGCCAAUGAAGAAUACCGCUCCGUGUUAAAGCUGGUUUUGGGUGAUUUCUCACUUCUCUAUUCACCUGAAGUAGAUUGUGCCGAUUCAGAGGAAUUUGAAGAAGAUUAUCAAGAUCUCAGAGCUUUUGUGACAGUCAAGUGUUCAAGGGAAAACACAGAGGAACACAAGAUGAGAAAUUACAGAAGAUUUAAACUGUGUGAUUGGUGGGUAGAGAAUAAGCUGUCUGGUAUUCCUCGGAUUAUUGUUGGCUUUCGUAAUGAUGAUGGUAUUGUCCAUACUCUGGAACUCUUGAAGACAGAAGAAUUACCAGAACAAGGAGAGAAUCACUGGGAACCUGCAGUAUGCAUUAAUUUCAUUAUUGCAUUCCUUAAAUUCGUGAAGAAGAGAGUGGGACAAGAUCCAUCUGUAGUGUAUAGAUUUGACCAUAUACCCAAGGGCGACAUUGAGUGCACAAAGUUGUCGGAAUCAAGUCAUUUGAUGCUUUUACCUUCCUGGUAUACCAAGAAGCUUUUCAAGGCUGACGAAGACACCGAUGAGGAAUGAGUGAGACACCGAGGAGUCAUAUCUUUUAAUUGUGUUAAAUAAUUUUGUAGCAGAUAUACCAGUAGUUCCCAAUGAUAGGUCUAUAAGCAAGAGG